CAGAGGCUGGGGACACCUGGUGAAGACACAGGUGAAACUUUGCAAGCAGUCUAUUGAUUCCUACGAGGUGUCUAUAAUAACGGUGUUUGCAUACGUUGAAAUAGAUGAUAAUUAAUAGGCAACUACUGGAGUCAAUCACAUUUUCCGCAUUGGUCGAUCGGGAUCGGUAGCAAACCCCACUCACAAUGACAGUACUUUUUAGAUAUGGAGGUAAAAAGAGAAAUUUCUGAUAGUGUGUGAUGACAAAUUGUUGAAGUGGUAUUAUCUUACAUAACAAUCUUAAAAGACGCAAAAAUGGGGAACGCUUCGUCAAUUGAGCCAACAAAAACGAUUUUUCUGGACAUCGACGGAAAGAAAGAAAAGAUUAUGUUCAGUCGGCAUUGCGGGACAAGAGACAUACAUGACCUGAUAGCUCACGCAGCCGGAGUAAGUCGGUAUGCAGAAAUAUCCCUGAAAGAUUCGACGGGAGCCUUUGUUUCCCUGAAUCCAACUAUGCCGAUCAACACCCAAAGUUCACCUUACAAAGUAACAUCAAAGGAACCUUCGCCAACCACUGAAUCAUCCAAUGGUGACGGGGAAGUCUUUACCCAAGUUCUCUCGCAAGUGGCAUCUCAGUUUAACAAUCAAUUUUCAAAAGAGGGGGUUUUUAAAGUGGAAGAAAUAAAGACCGACAUUGCCACACGUUUGAGUGCGCUAGAAAGAAAAAUGGAGCUUGAAGGGUUGAAAGCUGUGGAAAUUGAAAAAUGUAAACGAGAUAUAUCGGACAUAAAAGAUCAGAUUUGGAAUGCACAGAAGAAAUUCGUGGAUUUCAAUCGGUUAAGCAACGAAACCCAAGCCGACAGCGGAGAAACACAAACUCCGAGACCCGUAUAUGUUGGUAACACAGUUGAUCAUUUUUAUAGUUCGUUGAGUGAUGAACGGAAGAUAAGUUUAAAAAGAGAUGUUCCUUCUUAUCCUAAGUAUACACUUUCGCAAGAAACUAUAGAGUACCUCAAGCAACCAACAUUUGACAUUUGGCACUGGGAACCAAACGAGAUGCUGAGUUUACUUGAGCACAUGUUUCAUGAACUGGGUCUUGUUGCCGAAUUCAACAUCAACCCAAUUACAUUAAAGAGAUUUUUCUUGUGUGUUCAGGAGAACUACAGAAAUAAUCCGUUCCACAACUUCCGCCAUUGCUUUUGCGUCACUCAAAUGAUGUACGGAAUGAUACACCUGUGUCACCUUUGGGAGGUCAUGACCCGUGAGGACCUAGGGAUUCUGAUGACAGCCUGUGUUUGUCAUGAUCUGGAUCAUCCUGGAUAUAAUAACACAUAUCAAAUAAACGCCAGGACUGAAUUGGCUAUUCGGUAUAACGACAUAUCACCUUUAGAAAACCACCACUGUGCAGUUGCUUUCAAAAUUUUGUCAAAUCCAGAAUGCAAUAUCUUUGCAAACGUUGACAAAGACACAUUCAAAAGGAUCCGUGCUGGUAUAACUAUGUUGAUUCUUGCCACGGAUAUGGCACGUCACGGAGAAAUUAUGGAUAAUUUUAAAAUGAAACUAGAGCCCGAGUUUGACUACAAGAACAAGGACAGUCUCGAUACGUUGAAGAUGGUGCUGAUAAAAUGUUGCGACAUUUCCAAUGAAGUCCGACCGAUGGAAGUUUCUGAACCUUGGGUCGACUGUCUCCUGGAGGAGUACUUCAAUCAGUCUGACAGAGAAAAAAUGGAGGGUCUACCGGUAGCUCCAUUUAUGGAUAGAGACAAAGUCACAAAACCGACAGCACAGAUUGGAUUCAUAAAGUUUGUCCUCAUUCCGAUGUUUGAAACAGUCGCUAAGUUGUUUCCUGUGAUUGACAGUACAAUGGUGGAACCUUUAAGAAUUGCACGUGACCGUUAUGAGGAUAUGAAAGAGAAAAAUUCCAUGCCGCCGCCCCCAUCCCAAAGUAAUAAAAAGAAGACUGUAACAGAGAAGUGAGGGAGAGUUGUGACCGACCGGAAUCUCACCCCAUGCAUGUACAGCAGUGUGUGGUACAGAGAAUCUGACCAUGUUGUGAUUUAAUAACAAUACUUGGUGUAAUUAGGACAGCCCACCUCAUUAACAAAACGCUAUAACACUUACUUGGUGAUUUAAAACCCUUUUUUUAUAAACGGUUAUAUAUCAACCUCUCUCAAAACAAACAGAUGAAAACUACUUACAUCACUAAAUAUUUGCAAUGUUAAUUAUUUGAACUGUAUCCAAUUUCAUUUGUAACUGAUCUACUCUUUUCACCGUGAUAUUAUUACGACAAAUAUUUUAAAUAUUGUUAUGACUUUGUUAAUUAUUAUAUAAUUACUCUCAUUUAUGAAUUAUGAUAGGUAGUCCUUUGUUGUAAAUCAUAAUUAUGUUGUAUGAAGACAAUUUCAAUUUUUCCCGAUGUUAUAAUUUGUUAUUUAAAGAGAUUUUUCAUAAAGGGGAACAAAAAAAACAUGUCUUAGACUGCAUGAAUAUGAAGUGAACCAAACACAAAAUAAUAUGGCUGGGUUUUUUUUUUCUGAAAUGAUACUUUACCUUUAAAGAAAUCUGCACCAACAAUUUAAAGAUAUAAUUAUUUCGUUUGAAACUAAAUUCUAUCCAAUUUAUUUUAAAGGUGUUUUCUUCCAUGUGUGCAACAGAAAUCCUUAUGUGAAUGAUUAUUUCUUUUGACUUUGUUACAUUAAAAUUGGCCCUGAUUGAAGUAUCCGUCCAAACACAGAUUUUACUGCUUUGUAAGUUAUUCGAUGUUCCUUGAGCAAUUACAUUUUUAUGAUAUAAUUUGUAAACUACGUAGAUGGAAUGCACACCAAUCUUUUGAUCCGUGUCAUGUUUUUUUUCACGAUUUUUUGUACAAUUAUUUGUUGUAUGAUUUAGAUUAUUGCCAGUAUUUCUUUUUUAUCUAGAAAUUUAGUACAUUGUUUAGUUUUAUAUUUCAUGGUUAAUCCUUUCCUUUUGAAUUUAAAUAAAUAUCAAAUAAUUAUA